AUGGCGGCCAAGACGGACGAGGCGUCUGUCAUGCGACCUGCAUACAAGGUCUACAAGCGACGUUUCUGGGGUCUCGCCCAGCUCGUGCUCUUGAACAUUGUUGUCAGUUGGGAUUGGUUGACCUUCUCAUCCAUCUCCACCACCUCCGCGGAGUACUUCCAAGUCUCCGAAAGCGCCAUCAAUUGGAUGAGCACAGGGUACAUGUUCGCCUUUUGCGUGGCCAGCCCAUUUACUAUCUGGACACUCAACAGAGGUGGUCCCAAGCCUGCCAUCGUCACCACUGCGGCCCUCCUGCUUGUCGGAAAUUGGUUGCGCUAUGCUGGGACGAAGGCCAACGGUGGUAUCUUCGGGCUCGCCAUGUUCGGCCAGAUCCUGAUCGGUCUUGGGCAGCCCUUCUGCUUGUGCACGCCGACACGCUAUAGCGACUUGUGGUUCUCCGAUAAGGGUCGCACCAGUGCAACAGCCCUGGCCAGUUUGGCCAACCCGCUGGGAGCAGCCCUGGGGCAGUUGGUGGACGCGGAGUGGGCCACCAAGCCGUCCGAUAUUCCCAAUAUGGUCCUGUAUAUCUCCAUCAUUUCGUCCGUCGCUGCACUCCCAUCCUUCUUCCUCCCCGCGGCGCCCCCCACACCCGCCAGCGCCUCGUCCUCGAUCCCCCGCACCCCGCUCAUCCCAGCCACGAAGCAAUUGCUGGGCACACUCGAAUUCUGGCUGAUUUUGAUCCCAUUCGCCGUCUAUGUGGGGUUUUUCAACAGCGUCUCGUCGCUGCUCAACCAGAUCCUUAGCCCAUACAAUUUUUCCGAGACUGAUGCCGGUAUCGCCGGCGCCAUCCUCAUUGUCGUCGGUCUGGUUGUUGCCGCCGUAACGUCGCCGAUCACCGACCGAUGGAAGCAUUACCUGGGCUCGAUCCGCGUCAUAGUCCCCAUCGUCGUCGCCUCGUACAUCGGGCUGAUCUUCGCCCCUGCCAGCUCGGCUGGCAUCGCCCCGACGUACGUCGUCAUGGCGCUCACGGGCGCCUCCUCUUUCGCCCUCCUACCCAUUGUCCUGGAGUACCUCGUCGAAAUAACGUAUCCGUUCUCACCAGAGAUUGGUAGCACCAUCUGCUGGACAGGCGGUCAGCUGCUCGGCGCCUGCUUCAUCCUUAUCCAAGACACGCUCAAGGCCGGCCCAACCGCCAGCCCACCCUCUAACAUGCGCAACGCGCUCAUCUUCUCUGCCGUCCUUACUGCCGUCGCAGCUCCAUUCCCGUUGUCCAUCGGUUUGUUCGGGAGGACGGUCAAGCGCCGCCGCCUGGAGGUUGACCGCGGCGUCGAACUGGAUACCCCGGGCACCAGUCUGCCAGCGCAUCCCGACACCGUCCCUAACGACGAUAUCUCGCAGGUGCCUUCAAAAAUCAUCAUGGAGAAUCCGAUUAAGAUGGCUGGCGCCGGGGUGUGA